CAGGCAUGGACCAUGGGGACUGAGAGGGAGAAGGAUUUGGCGGAAGAGAAGGUCGGGAGGGGUUUAGGGGCUGAGAAUUGGCAGUGCGUGAAUGCGGAAGUGGUUGUUGUAAGGCGCUGAUGCUCGUGACUUAAGGCUCGUGCUUUAUUUGGAGGGGACGUCGGAAGCAGAGGAGAGUCUGUGUCUUUGCUUGGACGGAGGAGGAGGAGGAGGAGGGGGGUGAAGGUGAAGGGGUGAAGAGGAGAAAAGGGUUUGUAACGGCCUGAGGAAGACGGAAGAAGAUGGGAAGGAGAGAAUUGAUGGCGUCUGACAGGGGCCUGUGCUUUUUGUAUUUCAAUUUUCUACGGGACGGGGCAAUGUACGAUGUGCUUGAACAGGAGAGAGCGAUGCGUUGGGGGGUGUCCGAUGCAGGACGCUUGUGGUCCACGGCUCGGCAGAGAAAGAGAAGGAGUAAUCGUCCGGAUGAAGACUACAGUAGGAGUGAGUGACUAGCAGUACUCCUGGUUGAAGAGUUUGUAGCAACAAGAGCUGCGAUGAUUCGACCGCAGAAGAAAUUCACGAAUCGACUCAUCGACCAAUGGGAGCAGGAUUUGCUUCUGAAGGUUAUGCAACGCAAGAUCAAGAGUGCCAAGUCCACCAUUCCAGGUGCGAGAAAGUCACAUCAACAAUCAUCCCCGGAAGUUUUGAAACCGAGGAACGCCUGCAGCUUGGAAUGGAACUUUUCCGAUUUGAAGAGGCGACUGCCUCUAAUUCGGACCUCAAAUCCCAAGGCCAGUGCGUCGUUAUCUCCCAGACAACUGAAUCCCCGAGACAUAAUGGCUAAACUCAAAGAGUCUAAGGAGAAGAAAAUCCCAUCGCAAAAGAAAUCUAAUAAAACAGAAGGCGUGACAAUUCUGGAACUAGAAGACGGUGAAGAAGAUGCAAAAUCUGGCUCAGAGACGGACGUAGAAACCGUGGGCCCUCAAUUAAGUGACGAGUUUUUGGCUGAUGAGUUCGAGGAUACGGACGACGAUUUACUGAGCCAACUGUGGAACUCUUGUAAACGAGAAGACGCUCUGCUCGACGAUGCCCCACACUCAAAACAGAGACGAGUUGGGCCCACGACCACAGCUGUGUUCUAUUUGAACACAAUAACUUGCCCCGAUCGAAGCAAGCCGAGCCCAUCCAAAGAAAACAGACCCCGCAAAAACAUGUCAUUGCCUAAGAAAAGCAAGGUUAGGGAGAGUCGAACUGUCUCCAAAAUAUUGAAGAAACGUGAAGACGGUUGGAGAGAGUAGGAGUCUCCGACCGCCUUUCCUUUCUGUGAGUUGGCCGUCGUCCUCACAGUGUUCUGCCUCUCCUCUCCAGCCCCACACUACAGCUUGCUUUUCUCCAGAGCAAAUGAGUGCUUGCCGUUCGAGUAUCUGACCAUCAACUCCCAUUGUCAGAGCUUGAUCGAGAACUGUCAAAUCAGCCCUUCUCCCUCCCUUGGGUAUCCGCGCUUACAGGCCAUUACAUCUUCCCUCAAACUGCAUCACAGGAUCUGAAAAGGAUUUUUCAAUUAUUUACCUUUUACACAUUUCCUCGUCACCUUGUGCACUCUAAAAGGCACUAAGGUACAGUGGUACAUACUGGUCCGAGUCGGACAAGGAGUAGUCUGCCAGUAUGUCACUCUGACGGGCUUUACAACAUCUCCUGCUUGAUCUACAUUGUCUGCAAAAUCGUACGCAGCCAUAGAAACAACCAUAAAAUUUUCCGAAUCUCGUGUCUAAAACUACUUCAAGUAAGAAUCUUCCUGUGACAUUUCGUCAUGCAAGUAUUGGUAUCCCACAUUUACAUCAGAAGUAUGUUCUGGCCAAUAAUAUUCGACAAUGAUAUGGUACAAAGUUGAUUGCUCAGUCCCAACACAUCCGCUAUCUUUUUACUUCCACCUUUAAAUCAAGGCGAUUUCCUAACAAUGAAGUCUUCGAGAAGACCGGAAGGAGCGACCUCAGCUGCGAAUCUGGGCUUCUUUAUCAGCCAAGAAUUUCUCGUAUAUUCCUUCCCGUUCGAUAAGUUUUAGCUAAUAGAAAAUUCAAGGCUCCUGACAUUAGAGCUCUUCCAUGGAUUCACUAAAAUACUAAUACUAAAAAAAUAGGCCGGGGAAUGUGUACUCCCCUUUACACAUUGGCCUUAGCGUACGAUAGUCAAAAUUCGGGUUGCUUUACCAGAAACGCAUGUGUUCACUAAUCCAAUGAUCAAUUUGCCGAGGACGUUACUCUGCAAUAGACUAGAAACCAGUUGUUUUAAGAACUGUCGUAGAGCUAUCACGACUUAUGUCUUUACCGUCUGGCUUCACUUUCACAGUAAUCCUCUCAACAUU